GGACGUGCGCUGCAGUUUCCCUUUAGUUUCGCUGCGCCACAGGACACGGACGGUCUCACAGUCACACUCUCAGGUUUCUGAUCCCACAGACAACAUGAAGGCUGCGCUCUGCCUGGCGGUCAUUGCAGUUAUCUACUGCACAGUGGAGUCUAAAUACUCGGCACCUAAGGUUAUGGUGUACAGCCGGAAUCCAGGACAAUAUGGGAAGGACAACGUCAUCAUCUGCCACGUGAGUGGCUUCCACCCCCCUGACAUCACCAUCACACUGCUGAAGAAUGGCGUGGAGAUUCCCGACGCCAAGCAGACAGACUUGGUCUUCAAGCAGGACUGGCACUUUCAUCUGACCAAGCAUGCGAGCUUCACACCACAGGAAGGAGAGUCCUACACGUGCAAGGUCACUCAUGGUUCAAACGAGCCUAAAAUCUAUAAAUGGGAGUCAAACAUGUAAGCAGCAGAGGAGGCCCAGCUUUCUGAGAUCCUAGGAGAGGCUGCACAGGAGGGAGUCCAAUAAUGGAGCAUACACGAGUGACACGUGAUCAGCACAGCUGCUGAUUGGUUCUGAUAUUCUCUGUUCAAUCCACAUGCUCAAAUAAUCCUCAGAUUUUCUUCUUCUCACAGAAUCAUUUUCAUCAUGUUUCAGUCAGUUAGGAUUUUGUUAUGAUUGUUGGUGAUGUAGAGAUUGAGUUUAUAGACAUUUAGUAAUAAUUUUUUCAGUGUGUCACUUCUUGCUUGAUUGCCUUUGAUGCUGCAAAUUCGGUGCAUUUGUUCAGCUCUAAUCACUAAAGCCUGUUUUUCACUUUGUUGUAAUAUUGUUUCCAUAUGACUGGUUAUAGGUAAGUUUUAACGCUCACUGUUUUAUACCUGAGUAAUUUCUCUGAUGGUAAUUGGUGGAAUAAAUUAUACACAUGUAAAAUAAUAAAUACCUCUUGGAGGAUUCA